AAGCAGCUCCUCCAGGAACAGAGGUGUCAUGCAGCCCAGGGUGCUCCUUGUUGUGGCCUUCCUGACACUCCUGGCUUCUGCCCGAGCUGAUGUAACAGGAAGACCCUUGUUGCUGGGCUCCAUGCAGGGCUAUAUGGAGCAGGCUGCUAGGACCGUCCAGGACGCACUGACUAGUGUACAGAAGUCUGACAUGGCCCAGCAGGCCAAAGGCUGGAUGGACGGCCGCUUUGACUCCCUGAUGGACUACUGGAGCUCAUUGACAGGCAAGCUCUCUGGGCUCUGGGAUUCCAGGCCUGAGGUACAACCAACUCCAGACCCCAUGGCUUGAGACUUCCAUGCUACAAGUGUGACUAUCCAUCAAUCCCACCAGCCCCUGGGUUCUGUAGCCUACAGAAGGCUGCUUGACAGUGACACUGUUCUCUGUUCUCAUGCCUCCCACCCCACCGAGACCUGUCCCAAACAUUCUGCCUUACCUCAAAUAAAGCUGGA